GACCUAAAAAGAGAAAAAAAACCAAACACACCACACCACACCAUAACAACACCAUAAACAACAAUAUAGCUUCUAUUGUUUUCUUCUUCUUUUUUUCUUUUUCCAUGUCUAUCAAGAAUUACUUGUUAUUAUGAAUAAUACUAUUGGUGUUCUCUUCUUCCAUGGCGAACAAGAUUAGAAGGAAGAUGUCACAAUUAUGCAAGAGAAUUGUGGAGGUUGAUAUAAGGUGGGGUGUGUUGCAAAGGGUAUCUUUUGUUGGACAAUUUUUUCACUUCAUUUGGGAUAGGCUUCUUGUUUGUUCUGUUGGAAAGAAGAGUAAGUCGUCUCGGUAUACGAGACUUCCCCUUGGGGAUUCUUCUCUGGCCGUAGCCGUAGCCGUGUCAGACGACCACGACCACGACCAGGGAUUCCACCACACAUUGGUUAGCGAAAGUGGGUAUGAAACGGAUUCCGAUUUGGUUAACUUGAAGAUCAGUUUAUUGGGUGAUUGCCAUAUUGGAAAAACUACUUUUGUGAUAAAAUAUGUAGGGAAUGAACAAGAGAAGAAGGGGUUGCAGAUGGAAGGGCUAAAUUUAAUGGACAAAACAUUGUUUGUUCAAGGAGCUCGUAUUUCUUUUAGUAUAUGGGAUGUUUCAGGUGAUAAAAAAUCCUUGGAUCAAAUUCCCAUGGCUUGCAAAGAUGCAGAUGCAGUUUUGAUAAUGUUUGAUCUCACUAGUCGUUGUACACUCAAUAGUGUUUUUGGAUGGUAUAGUGAAGCAAGAAAGUGGAAUCAGACUGCAAUUCCCAUUUUAAUUGGAACAAAAUUUGAUGAUUUUGUUAGGCUCCCCCCAGAUUUACAAUGGACAAUUGUCACACAGGCCAGGGCUUAUGCAAGGGCUAUGAAGGCAACCCUAUUCUUUUCAAGUGCAACACACAAUAUAAAUGUCAACAAAAUCUUCAAAUUCAUCAUGGCUAAGCUGUUUAAUUUGCCAUGGACGGUAGAAAGAAAUGUGACUGUGGGAGAGCCCAUUAUUGAUUUCUAUUGAUUCAUUUCGUGUGUGUACAUAUACCUACAUAUAUAUUGGGGAUGAAGAUGAAAAAGAAAAAAAUAUAUCAAUCUUUUUCAAAUUUAGGCCAUUUUGAUUACAUUUUUAUUUAGAGGGUAGGUUAGAUAGAUGGUAUGACUAAAUUUUAUGUGGCUAGUAACUACACUAAGUUCUCCCUAAGCCAAAACACCUACUCAUAUUGGUGGGUUCUAGUAUAAUUAUAAUACAGUGAUUAUAUAAGUAUUGUUAAAAUUAAAGUUACAUUUUUUUAUAUUUUCGUAAUACUUGUUUUAAAUAAAAUUUUUAUGUGAUCAUGUAUUAUCCUUACAGUAAAAUCUUUAUACAUA